UCCUCACCCAGCAAUUUCAAAAUUUGAAAUCUCUCAGCAGCAGCGGAAGCGGAAGAAGAAGAAGAAGAAAGGAUAGAAUGGCAACGGGAAGCAUGAAAAACUACUACAAGCAGAAGAAGAGCGGCAUCGGAAAAUCUCCCUCGAAGCCCAAAUCCAAACCCACCAACAAAUCACCCGCCAUUUCUUCCAGCUUGGGUUCUGAUCUUGCCCAACCUACAGUCCUCAUCGCUCAUGGUUCACCCGAUCUCAAAGUUUUAGAUGAGUUUGGUGAAGAUGAGGAGGUUCUGAGGCAAUUCGACCUGAACAUGGCGUAUGGACCGUGCCUUGGGAUGAGUAGAUUGGAUCGAUGGGAGCGUGCUAAUAGUCUAGGUCUGAAUCCACCCAAAGUGGUGGAGAGUCUCCUGAGAGGAGGUAAAACCGGGGUGGAUUGUCUGUGGGAUGGCCGAGUUUAGUAAAUCAGAACUUGUAUUGAACAUGGUUCUAGUGGAAAUGUACUGCCACUGGCUGUACUCUUUUGUACUCCGUGAAAUAAUAUUUUGUGGGCUACUUUGAAGUAUUUCAUCUAUAUAUAGAAUACGGAAUUGUUUUCUGUUGUAGAUUCUUGAUUGA